GUGGUGUGGAAAGCAACACAAUCCCCCCCCCCACCUCCUCCUGGAAGUGUGUGCUCUGCUCUGUUGGAACAGGGGGAGUGCGCUUUUACGCAUGACCGCAUGGGGGCGACCUGCGCUGCUCUGAGCUGCUGCACAGAACAGGCUGCACAUCAGAUCCUAAUGUUUCCUCAUAAAGAACCCGGGACUCGUCCUCCUCCGACGCACACCGGCAGCCGGGCUCUCCUCCUCGGCAGGCUCCGACCAUGACAGCCUGAAACCGCCUGGAAGUUGCGUCUCUCCCUCGUUUUCCCUUCCUCCUCUCUGCUGCUGUCCUCAUUCUCUGCUCAACUUCUCCUCAGCGCUCCUGUCUGUCCAAACUGAAUCUGCCGACCUUGACAGCUCGCUGUGGGGCUGGAUUCGAGUAAAAGUCUGUCUGCUGUUUCUUUUUUUUUUGGGAGGGAGAAAAGAACUGUAAGCAGUCGGUGUUGCAGAGGGUGAAAGUUAAGAAAACCAGCAUCUCACGGAGACGCGAGAAGAAGAAGAAGAAGUGUGGCUGAGAAAGUGAGAUUGUCUUCUUACAGGUGCAGCGAGGAAAUGGACUAACCUGGAUUCAUCUGACUCAGUUGCAUCCAAAAUACUUCAAAGAAAACCAACUAGCUUCUGCACUCAUAAGGAAAUAUCUGUGGAACUAGAGAGCAUUUCAUCUCUCCAAAAAAAAAACCCAAUAGAGAGUGUUUGAGUGAUUUCCUCCAAGAGGCUGCGUCGGGUUUGCGCUCCCCCACAUCGGUGCGCUUUGCCCGGCUCCAGUGGCACCGGCAGGUCCCCCCCCCCUCUCUAGACACACAGAGAGGACUUGGACACGGUAGCAUGCCUCCUCCAGCUCACCGGGCACUUGUUGUCCAGUCUGGGACGAUGAUGUUUGAGGACUCCUGGAGGAUCAGAUCGAUGUGGCGCGCCACAUGGAUUUUAUUUUUUUCCUUACUCAUCCACUCCACGCAAGCUCAAGAUGACGUGCCGCCCUACUUCAAGACGGAGCCGGUGCGUAGCCAGCUCCAUCUGGAACGCAACAGGCUGGUGCUCACCUGUAUGGCUGAGGGAAGCUGGCCGCUGGAGUUCAAAUGGAUCCACAACAGCACAGAGCUGACCCGCUUCUCACUGGAGUACAGGUACCUAAUCCCCUCGUUGGACCGCUCCCACGCUGGCUUCUACCGCUGCAUCGUGAGGAAUCGGGUGGGAGCCCUUCUGCAGAGGCGCACAGAAGUACAGGUGGCCUUUAUGGGCAGUUUUGAGGAGGGUGAACGCACCCAAUCGGUCUCUCAGGGAGAGGGUGCCGUUAUCCCGGCGCCACGCAUUCGCAGCUUCCCCCAGCCGCAAGUCACCUGGUUCAGAGAUGGGCGUAAGAUUCCACCCAGCAGUCGCAUUGCCAUCACGCUGGACAACACGCUGGUUAUACUGUCGACGGUGGCGCCGGAUGCCGGGCGCUACUACGUCCAAGCGGUAAAUGACAAGAACGGAGAGAACAAGACCAGCCAGCCCAUCACCUUGUCAGUAGAGAAUGUGGGAGGUCCAGCAGAUCCCAUCGCCCCCACCAUCAUCAUCCCUCCCAAGAACACGAGCGUGGUUACAGGCACCUCAGAGGUCACCGUGGAGUGUAUAGCCAAUGCCAGGCCUCUCAUCAGGCUGAGCCUCUCGUGGCGUAAGAACGGCGUGUUGGUGACCAGCGGUUUGAGCGACUUCAACCGCAGGCUGACCAUCAUCACUCCCGUGGUGAGCGACGCCGGCUUCUACGAGUGUGAGGCCAUUCUCCGCAGCAGCAGUGUGCCCUCCGUCAGUGCCGGGGCUUAUCUGCAUGUACUAGAACCACCGCAGUUUAUUAAGGAGCCAGAGAAACACAUCACAGCCGAGAUGGAGAAGGUGGUGGACAUUCCCUGUCAGGCGCGAGGAGUGCCCCAGCCAGACAUCGUGUGGUACAAGGAUGCUUUGCCCAUCAACCCAGUGAAGAUGCCCAGGUACAGGGUGCUGGUGGGAGGCAGCCUCCAGGUCAACGGCCUCCUUCCCGACGACACCGGCAUGUUCCAGUGCUUUGCCAGAAACCUGGCAGGAGAAGUUCAGACCAACACAUACCUGGCUGUUACCAGCAUUGCCCCGAAUAUCACAGCCGGACCCUCAGACAGCACUGUGAUCGACAGCAAUUCAGUCAUCCUGCACUGCGAGACCUCUGGAGCUCCGAGACCGGCUAUCACCUGGCAAAAAGGUGAGAGCGUGUUGGCCAGCGGUUCAGUCCAGCUGCCCAGGUUCACCCUGCUCGAGUCGGGCAGCCUGCUCAUCUCCCCCUCACACAUCUCCGACGCCGGGACGUACACUUGCAUGGCGAGCAACUCCAGGGGCAUCGACGAGGCGUCCGCUGACCUUGUGGUCUGGGCUCUCACCCGGAUCACCACCCCCCCACAGGACCAGAGUGUUAUCAAAGGAACUAAAGCCAUUAUGACCUGUGGAGUCACACAUGACCCCAGUGUGACUGUCAAGCAUGUCUGGGAAAAAGAGGGCUCGGCGAUCAACGUCCAGUCCAUCCCCCGCAUGCGGCUGGAGGCAGACGGCACCCUCCACAUCUCCCAAACCUGGUCAGGUGACAUCGGCACGUACACGUGCAGAGUGACCUCCGUUGGCGGCAACGCCUCCCGCAGCGCCCACCUCCGUGUCAGGCAGCUGCCCCAUGCCCCAGAGAACCCUACGGCCGUGCUGAGCACAUCUGAAAAAAGAGCCAUCGACCUGGCCUGGGCCAAGCCUUUUGAUGGCAACAGUCCCCUCAUACGCUACGUCCUGGAGGUUUCUGAGAACAACGCUCCCUGGGCCAUCCUGCUGGCCAAUAUCGAGCCAGAGUCCAUAGCAGUGACGGUCAAUGGCUUGAUCCCGGCGCGCUCCUAUCAGUUCCGCCUCUGUGCCGUUAAUGAUGUGGGGAAGGGGCAGUUCAGCAAGGAGACCGACCGUGUCUCUCUCCCAGAGGAGCCGCCCAGUGCUCCUUCUCAAAACGUCAUCGCGAGCGGCCGGACCAACCAGUCCAUCAUGAUCCAGUGGCAGCCUCCGCCGGAAAGCCACCAGAACGGCAUCCUCAGGGGCUACACCAUCCGGUACCGUCUGACUGGGCUGCCUGUGGACUACCAGAUGAAGAACAUCUCCAGUCCUGAUGUGACGAACCUGCUGCUGGAGGACCUCAUCAUCUGGACCAACUAUGAGAUCGAGGUGGCGGCCUACAACGGGGCGGGUUUGGGCACUUUCAGCCAUAAAGUCACUGAGUGGACUCUGCAGGGAGUACCCACCAUCGCCCCCGGCAACGUGCAGGCCGAGUCGGUCAACUCGACAACGAUCCGUUUCACGUGGACAGCCCCUAACCCACAGUUCAUCAACGGCAUCAACCAGGGCUACAAGUUGCUGGCCUGGGAGCCUGGCAGAGACGAAGAAGUUGCUAUGGUAACGGCGCGACCGAACUUCCAGGACAGCGUCCAUGUGGGAUAUGUGACAGGACUGAAGAAGUUCACAGAGUAUUACACCUCUGUGCUGUGUUUCACCACGCCCGGAGACGGCCCCCGCAGCCCGCCCAAGGCGUUAAGGACACACGAGGACACCCCCGGUGCUGUGGGUCACCUGAGCUUCACCGAGAUCCUGGACACCUCACUCAAAGUCAGCUGGAGCGAGCCCGGCGAGAAGAACGGAGUUCUCACAGGUUACCGCAUUUCGUGGGAGGAGUUCAACCGAACGAACACCAGAGUUACCCACUACCUGCCAAACGUCACCUUGGAGUACCGGGUCACCGGGCUCACCGCUCUCACCACCUACACCAUUGAAGUGGCGGGGAUGACCUCCAAAGGCCAGGGCCAGCUGUCCUCUUCCACCAUCUCCUCCGGCGUCCCACCAGAGCUCCCUGGCCCUCCUACCAACAUGGCAAUUUCCAACAUCGGCCCACGCUCUGUCACCCUGCAGUUCAAACCUGGCUACGAUGGCAAAACCUCCAUUUCCCGUUGGCAGGUGGAGGCCCAGGUGGGUGUGGUGGGAGAAAAUGAGGACUGGGUGAUGGUCCACCAGGUGACCAACGAGCCCGAGGCUCGCUCCCUGGAGGUGCCAGGUCUCAACCCGUACACCUUCUACAGGUUCCGUAUGCGCCAGGUGAACAUUGUGGGCACCAGUCCUCCCAGUCAGCCCUCCAGGAAGAUCCAGACCCUGCCGGCUCCUCCUGACAUGGCCCCCGCCAACGUCACCCUGCGCACCGCCAGCGAGACCAGCCUCUGGUUACGAUGGAUGCCUUUGCCUGAGUGGGAAUACAACGGUAACGCGGAGCAGGUGGGCUACAGGGUUCAGUACUCCCGUGCGGGCUCACAGGGCCGGGCGCUGACCCACAUCAUAGCUGACCGUCUGGAGAGAGAGUUUACAAUCGAGGACCUGGAGGAGUGGACAGAGUACGAGGUCAGGGUCCAGGCCGUCAAUGGCAUCGGGACGGGGCCCUGGAGCCAGCCGGUCAGGGGACGGACGAGGGAGUCUGUCCCCUCCUGUGGACCCACCAACGUGUCUGCCUUCGCCACCACCUCUAGCAGCAUCCUGGUGCGCUGGUUUGAAGUUCCUGAGCCAGACAGAAAUGGUCUCAUUCUGGGCUACAAGGUGGUGUACAAAGAGAAGGACUCUGACAGUUCGGUCCACUUCUGGAUGGUGGAGGGGAACGCCACCCACAGCAUCCAGCUGACCGGUCUGGGGAAAUAUGUCCUCUAUGAGAUCCAGGUUCUGGCUUUCACGCGGAUCGGAGAUGGACGGCCCAGUUCUCCACCCAUCCUGGAGAGGACUCUGGAUGAUGUGCCAGGACCUCCAGUGGGUAUCCUGUUCCCUGAAGUGCGGACAACGUCAGUCCGGCUUAUUUGGCAGUCCCCCUCGCAGCCCAACGGCAUUAUACUCGCCUACCAGAUCACAUACCACCUCAACUCCUCCAAUAGCAACACGCCCACAGUGGACGUGCUGAUCCCCAGCGCUCGCCAGUACACAGUCACCAGCCUGAAGCCAGAGUCCGUCUACGUGUUCCGCAUCAAAGCGCAGACGAGGAAGGGCUGGGGCGAGGCCGCUGAGGCGCUGGUGGUCACCACGGAGAAAAGAGCUCGCCCCCAGCCCACCAGCCGUCCCACGGUUCCUCAGAAAGACGUCCAGGCCCGCCAGGUCCUGCUGUCGUGGGAGCCGGGCAGCGACGGCCUGUCCCCGGUGCGUUACUACACGGUGCAGCUCAGAGAGCUUCCUGAGAACAACUGGACCGUCCACUCUGCGUCCGUCAACCACGAGGCCAUCUCCUACAUAGUGUCCAGGCUGAAGCCCUUCACUUCCUACCAGUUCAGAGUAAAAGCCACCAAUGACAUAGGGGACAGUGAGUACAGCGAGGAAAGUGAAGCGAUCACGACUCUACAGGACGCGCCCGACGAAGCACCCGCGAUUCUCUCUGUCACGCCGCACACAACGACGUCCGUGCUGAUCCGCUGGCAGCCCCCCUCGGAGGAGAAGAUAAAUGGAAUCUUAUUGGGCUUUCGGAUUCGAUACCGGGAGCUGCUGUAUGACCGUCUCCGCAGUUACUCCCUUCACACCAUCAACAGUAUGUCCACCUGGGGUGAGCUCACUGCCCCCUACAGCAUCCAGAAUCUGAGUGAUUCAACGCUGACACAGCAUGAGUUGGACAAGCUAAGUAAACACAAGCGCUACGAGAUACGCAUGAGUGUAUACAACGCUGUGGGCGAGGGGCCAGCCAGCUCGCCGCAGGAGGUGUUUGUGGGAGAAGCAGUGCCUACAGCGCCACCCCAGACUGUGGCCAUUCAGUCCGCGACAGCCACUCAGCUGGACGUGACGUGGGACCCUCCUCCUGUCGAUGCUCAGAACGGAGACAUCCAGGGAUACAAGGUUUACUUUUGGGAAUUCCAGCGUAAGAAUGAGACCGAGCGGCUGCGGACUCUGUUCAUGCCGGAAGGAGGGGUGAAGCUGAAGAAUUUGACUGGUUACACCACCUAUAUGAUCAGUGUCGCCCCCUUCAAUGCAGCCGGGGACGGACCGCGCAGCCCACCGACGAGGGGGCGCACUCAGCAAGCAGCUCCCAGUGCUCCCAGCUUCAUCCACUUCAGUGAGCUGACCACCACCUCGGUCAAUGUGUCCUGGGGCGAGCCCACCUUCCCUAACGGCAUACUUGAGGGCUACCGUCUGGUCUAUGAGCCCUGCACGCCGGUAGAUGAGUCCUCAGUGGCCUGUGCCGAAUGUCUUCACUCCCCCUCCCCCCCAGGCGUCAGUAAGACAGUGACGGUGGAUGUGAAGGGGAGCGGCCCCCUCUGGUUGAAGCUCAGAGACCUGGCUUACGGCAGCACCUACAACUUCCGCAUUCGGGCCAAAACUUUUAUCUACGGGCCCGAGGUGGAGGCCAACAUCACCACUGGCCCGGGAGAAGGAGCCCCAGGACCCCCCGGAGAACCCUUUAUCACGCGCUAUGGUUCGGCCCUGACCAUCCACUGGACCAGCGGGGACCCGGGACGUGCUCCCAUCACGCGCUACGUGAUCGAGGCCAGACCUUCAGAUGAGGGAUUGUGGGAUAUCCUAAUCAAGGACAUCCCCAAGGAAGUAACAUCACACACGUUCAGCAUGGAUAUCCUGAAGCAAGGGGUCAGUUACGACUUCAGGGUCAUUGGAGUGAACGACUACGGCUACGGCUCCCCUAGUCUACCUUCUCCUUCUAUAUCAGCCCAAAAAGUGGCGCCUUUCUACGAGGAGUGGUGGUUCCUGGUCGUGGUGGCCUUGGUGGGGCUCAUCUUCAUCCUGCUGCUGGUUUUCAUCCUCAUUAUCAGAGGACAGAGCAAGAAGUACGCCAAGAAGUCUGAAUCAGUGUCUCUGUACGUGUGUCCAGGUAACAACUCCAACUGCAACGCGCUGACCCACGGAGACAUGGUGAGCCUGGACGAAGGCCGCUUCCCCGCUCUGGAGCUCAACAACCGAAGGCUCUCUGUGAAAAACUCCUUCUGCCGGAAGAACGGCGUCUACACCAGGUCUCCUCCUCGGCCCAGUCCAGGCAGUCUUCACUAUUCAGAUGAGGACGUCAGCACAAAGUACAAUGACCUGAUCCCCGCAGAGAGCAGCAGCCUGACUGAAAAACCCUCCGAAAUCUCCGACUCACAGGAGGCGCUGGUGUUUUCAUAUGGGACAGGUGGCCUACAUACACUUCCACUGCAUUUGGGUAGCGACAGUGAGUACGAGGUGGACCCGAACCGACAGAAGACCCACUCCUUCGUCAACCACUACAUCAGCGACCCCACUUACUACAACUCCUGGCGGCGCCAGCAGAAAGGCAUAUCCCGGGCACAGGCCUACAGCUACACCGAGUCCGAGUCGGGCGACCCGGAUCACUGCGCCCCGCCGCCGCUGCCUCCUCUACCUCCACUGCCACCCCAGCUCAGUUCACCUAGCCCCCAGCCUCAGCAAGCCCAGCCUCAGGGCCCUCCUCAGGGCCCGCCUCAGUGCCCGCCCCAGGGGCAAGGCAGCCUGUUCAGGCCCAAAGGUAGCCGGACUCCCACCCCCUCCCAGCAGAGCAGCUCCAACCCCCCCAGCCAGCACAGCACCCUCUACAGGCCUCCCAGCAGCCUAGCCCCUGGCUCGCGGGCCCCGAUCGCUGGCUUCUCCUCCUUUGUGUGAAAAAUGCUGAAAAAGGACAUCAAAAGUUCUGGAAAUAUCUACCCACGUUGUGUUGAAGAACACAACCCAAUCAAGUCAUUUACGCCUUCCUGUUCAUUACUUUUCUUUUUUUCCGUGUUACUUUCCUUCAGUCAGCCGGGAUACAUGCGGAACGACACUAUGAGACUUUUCGGAGCACUUUUUUUAUCGUUUGUGUGGAAGUGUGCCAGUGUAGAUUUCUCUCACCAGUUGAUAAAAUACUCUCUGCAACACUUUUAUUUUGCUAUUUGAGCUAUUUGCAUGCAUGCCUUUAUUUCCUCCUCUGUUUUUUGUUACUUUUCAUUCAAAUGGUAAUCUCUUUGAUUCUGUACAAAGUCACAAGAAUCUUUGAAAACACACACACAUAUAAAUAUAUAUAUAUAUAUAUACAUAUAUAUAGUAGAUGUACCUAAAAAGACAAAAUCAAGUCAACGCAGAGUCUGCGUUGAUGGAGAAAUAACAAUAUGAUGGAGCCAUAUUGUGGAAGUGAACGGACUGGAUGUAAAAACUACAAAAAAAAAGAAGAAGGAGAAGUGAUAAAAGACAAACGUGGAUGUGGAUUUCAUGCCAAAUUGAACAAAUUGUAACGUGUUGGUUGGGAGAGUUUUUUUGGCGAAACAAUCAUGGGUUUCCAUGGAAACAGCUCUCUGGCCUACAGCACACAAAUGCAUAGGAAAAAAAUGGGACAAACUGGCCGCGGCGGGUCAAAUGUCAACGCCUGAAGGAUCCUGCAGAUAUAUGAAAUGAGUGUAUAUCUGUUAAAGUGUUUAAGUCUUUUUCGUGAGUGUGUUUCAGUGGAUCGGAGAUGCCUUGGUAGAGAAACACUUAUUUAUGAUAUCUGGCACCUGCUGACGGCGCCCUUGACUGCGGCAUCGUAACGGCUGGCCUCGCGCUACGAGAGCCUUCUUUUAAUCCUGACAGAUGUGGGCUGUGAAUUCAUUUGCAUUCACGACCCAUGUUUUUUUUUUCAACCCUUUGCUGGCUCACGUAUACACACAUCAUUCUGCAUACUGAAAUGCGUUGAACCGAAGAACUGUCUGAAGUAGACUGGGACGGUCACAUGUGGGCACAGCUGCUAAAAUGUUAACAGUGAGAUUUUGAUAAGAAACCUUUUUUUCCCCUGUUUCCUUCCCUGCUGGUAUAACUCUUCUCUGUCACUGCUCACAAUCACGGGGCAGCGCUGAGCCUGCGCCAAGAGAUGAUGUCAUUGAAUUGCCUCACCUCUUUUCCCUUUUGUGUAAUCAAACCACUCUGUACUAUUCAGGUGUGACUGUAUUGUCCCAAAUGCUAAUGCGUGUGUGCGUGCAUGUGUAUGUGUGUGCGUGUGUGAUUACACUACUUGUGCGUAAGCUUUACAGAUCAUUCACUGUGUGUCUGGUUAUAAAGAGAUUGUCCUGCAGCAUCUGUAAAACCUGCCUGGAGUGACGCCACAGAGGUGCUGGCAGCGUCCAGCCGCCUGCCGGGCGCACUCAUAACGCUAUAGUGAAGACUCAGUGGUGUGUUCCUAGUUUUCAUAGUUCAAAAAAAACGAAGAAAAAAAAAGUCACCUACUUUUUUUUUUUUUUUUUCUCUGUGGGGUGAUUUCAUUGUACGCAACAAAAGCUUAUCAUGCAGAAUCUGAAUGAAUAUAUGAUCACAGUACAUUUCUGAAAUAAAUUAUUUUUGAAUGUUA